AAUAACAUUUGACGUCAUAUUUCUGCGUCAAACGACGCUCAUUCCCACAAAUUGAUCAUCUGAAAACAAGAGAUCUAGUGAGAUGGCGAUAUUUCCCAGCUCACUAACAGAAGAGGAAGAAGCACUGCAGAAGAAGUAUGCCAAGUUAAAGAAAAAGAAAAAGGCCCUAUUGGCUCUAAAGAAACAAAUCUCAACCAAUCAGACGAGUCAGACUGGACUGAAGCGCACCUUGUCAGAUCAGCCGGUGGUGGAUACUGCGACAGCGACAGAACAGGCGAAAAUGUUGAUUAAGUCUGGAGCGAUUAGUGCAAUCAAAUCAGAGAACAAGAACUCUGGCUUCAAGCGCUCUAGAACACUUGAGGGGAAACUGAAGGAUCCAGAGAAAGGUCCUGCCCCAGCGUUCCUGCCAUUUCAGAGAAGUGUCUCCACAGAUGAGGAACCUCCCGAUUCUGGUAAACGAGCCCACAGGAAAUCCCUGUAUGAGAGUUUUGUUCCUGGCGAUCAUUCUCGUGAUGAUGGAGCUUUGUCAUCAAGUCGAGAUGUUGAGCGUGAGCGGGAAAGAGAGAUGGACUGGGAGAGGGAUCGCGACAGAGACCGGGACAGAGAGAGAGAACGUGAAAGAGGCCGGGACAGAGAACGUGAUCGGGACAGGAGCCGCGAUAGAGACAGGGACAGAGAUAAAGAUAGAGAGCGAGACAGAGAGAGGGACGGGCCAUACAGACGGUCAGACUCGUAUCCAGAGCGCAGGGGCGUGCGGAAGGGAAACACAGUGUACGUGUACGGCACAGGUUUAGUGGAGGAAAGCUUGCGCUCUGCCUUUGCUCAGCAUGGCAACAUCAUUGACCUUUCAAUGGACUCCCCACGCAAUUGCGCCUUUGUUACCUUUGAAAAAAUGGAGUCAGCAGACCAGGCAGUGGCAGAGCUGAAUGGCACAACAGUGGGUGAUGUCAACAUCAAAGUCAGCAUUGCCAGGAAGCAGCCCAUGCUUGAUGCUGCCACAGGGAAAUCUGUCUGGGCUUCUCUGGCUGUGCAGAACAGUGCUAAGGGCUCGUACAGAGACAAACGGAGCCAAGUCGUUUACAGCGAAGAUUUUAUUUGAAAGAACAUUUAUCCACAUUUCUUAACUAGCUAAGCUGGUUGAAAACUAGCAUUAGCUUUUUGUCUAUCUACAGCAGGCAUUGUAUUUUUCACGGUAGUGGUACAGUAAAUACAUCUGUUACUUUUCAACCUUUUUAAAAGCAUGUUCAGCUGUAGAGUUGGGAAGUAAUUUGUAAGGUGUUGAGCGUUCUCGACAAACUGUUUGUAGGUACAUGUUUAACUAAGUCAUGGUUUAUGGUGUUGCGUUCAAUAAAUAAAUCAAUAAACUUU